AUGACUCUCCUCAAGUCCAUGACCUCCCUCUCCUUCAACGCCUCCUCCAUGUGCAAUGGCGCAAUUUCCAGCGGAAGUGCCGGCGCAUUCGGCCAAUCAUCCAAUGGUACAGCUGGAAUUGUGGCCCAGACCGGCCAGAUGAUCGCACCAGUGAUUGAUGCCGCAGUCGGAAUUGUUCAGAACACUGUCAAGGUGGUCUUUGCCACCGCUGAUAGUGCCCUCGCCCCACUUGGCAUCUAA